AUGCCAGUUAUUCCAAUAACCAGCGAUGAGCACUUUGCCUCGCUUGCAUCAACUGUGGAUCCUUCGACCCUCGUUGUUAUUUACUUUCACACUCCCUGGGCUGCCCCAUGCGCCCAAAUGAACUCUGUUUUCCAAUCUCUAUCAGAUGCACAUGCCUCUCCGUCAGGAACACCUACUCCUUCUGCUAUUUUCCUCUCAGUGAAUGCUGACGAUUUCCCUGAUAUUUCUGAAUCUUUUGACGUCUCUGCAGUACCUUAUUUUGUGCUUGUUCGCGACGCCACAAUCCUCAAGGAACUUUCCGGUGCAGAUCCCAAGGAACUUGCCACCGCCAUUGAAUCUCAACUUGCUGGAUCGUCUGCUGCACGAUCAGUCGCUGGAAAUGUGGCUGGCCAAGGCUUGCAAUCUGCUUCUGGCUCUGGAGUUGCUGGUUCCAAUGCUUCAACACCUUCUACAGCAACGGCUGGAUCUGCCUCUUCAGCUGGUGCUGCAACUGGCCAGGAAAAAACACAAGGUGGCAACACUGCUGAAGCUGAGGAACACGAAGAAACAGAAGCUGAACUGAAUGAACGCUUGUCUAAGCUGGUCAGUGCUGCUCCUGUCAUGCUUUUUAUGAAGGGUACACCCGCCGCCCCAGCGUGCGGCUUUUCGCGCCAGAUGGUCGCUCUGCUGCGCGAGAACCAAGUUCGUUUUGGAUUUUUCGAUAUUUUAAAGGAUAACAGUGUUCGUCAAGGCCUCAAGGCCUUUUCAGACUGGCCCACAUACCCUCAGCUUUACGUCAAUGGCGAGCUUCAGGGUGGUCUUGACAUCAUUAAGGAGUCUCUUACUGAAGAUCCGGACUUUUUCAAAACUGCUUUAGAACAAGCUUCUUAG